AUGGAGGCAGAAGGUAGCUCACUGGCGACGGAGGAAGAGGUGUGUGCCAUGCGCUGUGCAUUGCGCCUACGUCUCAAGAACGAAGUCCUCCAAAUCUCGCCUGCCCCCAGUGCUGAUCACGGGUCCAAAUCAGCAUCAGACGCAGCAUCAACGCAGCUGGAGCAUCUUUUUGAGCGGACUGUUCAGUUUGGCGAGAACCAGUCGGGGUUGUUGCUCGGGGCUGUGGGUAGCGAUCGACGAGCCAUUGUGACUCGUGCAAUGCGCAACUUGCGUAGCAGGUUCGGCAACUUUACGUACGUAUACCUCAAUGGUGUCAUCCUGCAGAACGAGCUCGAAGCUUUUAAAGAGCUUACAGCGCAGCUAACUCGCGCCACAGCAGUCAAGCACCCGGUUCUGUCCUACUGGAAUAUGUACGAAUACCUGCGAGGCUUGCUAGUCACAAAAGCCAAGUCUGGAGACCAUGUGAUCGUCAUCCUAGAUGCGCUGGAGCAGUUUGUGCGCGAAAAUAGUAACGCCAAGCAGUUGCUGCUGUACAACCUGCUCGAUUGGCUGCAGGCAAAAGAUAUCAAGAUGGGCGUGCUAGGCAUCACAGAUAACUACAAUGUCGUUGACAAUCUUGAAAAGCGGGUGCGCUCCAGAUUCUCCAAUCUUCAGAUUGUUAUUGAAAGACCCUCCUUCACCCAGAUACGGCAGCAUCUUCUGCGUGUGCUUUCCCUCGACGCUUUUCAAUGGGAUCAUCACAGUGAGCUGCGCCGCCCAUCAAGUAAAUACGCUAUGGCCUUUUCCAAGAGUCUGAACGGGCUGCUAUUCGAGCAAAGCAAGUUUCUCACGAGCCUCGAGUUUGACUACGACAUUGGCAAACCACAAGCCUUUUUUGUAAGGCUCGCCUCUGCUGCAAUUUGCUACCUGGAUGUCGAUGCUCCUCUAUUGACACCUCAGCACUUUCGACGCGCCAGGCAUUUGCUGGAGCAAGACCACCAACUCGCUGUACUAGAAACAGUGACGGAGCAUGGUAUCGCGUUGUUAAUCGGCAUGGGACACCUGGAGAAGGCUGAUCAACGUGUGUUCACGCUGGAAAUGGUGUACGCUCGGUGGGAGGGUUUCCUUCGCCAGCACGACAUGCUGGCACAACUGCCCACACGAAGUGAAGCUCAGAAAGCGUUGGAGAAUUUACUGCGACUAAAGCUUGUCAAGGACGCUGGAGAUGCAUUCAAGAUUGGGCGUGGUGGAGAUAGUUCUAAAAAGCAGGACUCCUCUGGCUCACUGCAACCCGAGUUUCGGGCAGUACACCUCAAUUUUGCGCCGCGUACACUCGAAGGAAUGCUGCGCAAUGGAAGCAUCAGAUGUUCGACGCUGUUGAAAGAGUGGGCUAUUAACGGCUGA